AUGCCUAUGUUAAACGAUCCCUCACGAAAGUACAAACCUUUCAAGCCUCUACGUUUACCAGGACGCCAAUGGCCUGAUCAGACGAUCACCAAAGCUCCUAGAUGGCUAAAUACGGAUCUCAGGGAUGGGAACCAGUCAUUGGCUAACCCUCUGGACGGAGAGCAGAAACUACGUUUCUUCAAUUUGCUAGUCGAGAUCGGAUACAAGGAAAUCGAGAUCUCGUUUCCUGCCGCGUCACAGAUCGAUUUCGACUUCACACGACAUCUAAUUGAAACUCCGAACUUGGUUCCAGAAGACGUUGUCCUCCAAGUGAUCUCACCAUGCCGCAAGGAUCUCAUCAAGCGGACUGCCGAGGCCUUAUAUGGUGCGAAGAAAGUUAUUUUCCAUCUAUACCUAGCAACUAGCGAAUGCUUUCGGCGAAUAGUUUUCAACAAUAUGACGGAGGACGAAACUCUGAACCUUGCGGUCGAGUGUACAAAGUUAGUCCGAAGUUUGACAAAGGAUUCUCCAGAUCCUGCCGUCAGAGCAACUGAAUGGCAGUAUCAAUUCACCCCAGAGACUUUCUCUGAUACUUCACUUGAGUACUCCAUCAAGCUCUGUAAUGCGGUUAGAGAAGCAUGGGAGCCUACAACACACCCAAUCAUUUUUAAUUUACCGGCGACUGUGGAACUCUCGACACCAAAUGUCUAUGCCGAUCAGAUUGAGUAUUUUUGCAAAAACAUUUCAGAAAGAGAGAAAGUCUGCGUUUCGCUUCAUCCUCAUAAUGAUCGUGGCUGCGCGGUAGCUGCAUCAGAGUUAGCGCAAAUGGCUGGAGCAGACCGUGUGGAAGGAUGUUUAUUUGGCAACGGGGAGCGAACUGGAAACGUCGACCUUGUUACUCUAGCUCUGAACCUUUACACCCAAGGAAUCUCUCCUGGUGUCGAUUUUUCGGAUAUUAGCAAAGUCAUCAGCACAGUAGAAGACCUAACCAAGAUACCCGUUCAUCCAAGGCAGCCGUAUGGUGGCCAGUUCGCAGUCUGCGCCUUCUCUGGUAGCCACCAAGACGCUAUUAAAAAGGGUUUCCAGUCUCGCAAGGACUUGACGGACGACGAUCCCUGGGUGAUGCCAUAUCUCCCUUUCGAUUCCCAGGAUAUUGGCCGGAAUUACGAGGCAGUAAUCCGGGUCAAUAGUCAAAGCGGUAAGGGAGGAGUAGCAUGGAUAAUUCUCCAAAACCUUCACCUAGAUAUCCCAAAGCCACUGCAGCAAGCCUUCUCCAAAAUUGUUCAAAAGCACACCGAGACGGUAAACCGAGAGCUCCAGCCGGCAGAGAUCGUGAAGCUGUUUGAAGAGGCUUACCUUCCAAAGGCCAAUUCUCCAAUCAGAUUAGUAGACUACUGUAUCAGGACAGACAGAGCGACCUCCAAUGAUAAUUUUCCUAUAACAAACGAGGCUGCUGAGCAGCAGAGCGGCCUCCAUUUUGAGGGAACUAUUGCCCUGAACGGGGUGGAGAAACCUAUCAAAGGAGAGGGGAACGGCACGAUCUCAAGUCUAGUAAACUGCCUUAACGGGCUUGGGGUUGACCUUACCGUUAACUACUUUAAGGAGCAAGCUGUCGGCUCGGAGGGUGUCAACAAUACGAAGGCUGCGGCGUACAUCGAAUGCUCACUUUCAGCCAAAAACGGUGGUAAACGGGAGCUAGUUUGGGGUGUGGGUCUUCACGAAGAUAUGGUGCAAGCUGGUCUGAUGGCAUUGCUUAGUGCUGCUAGCUCCGCCCAUGAAAACCGGCUAGAAGAUGCCACCCAACUAAAGUCGGCCACUCACCCACACCUAAAAACUUCGGCAAUCAAAGUUCCAAGCACCAUGGUCACAGUUACAGAGCUGUGUAGUGAUGUAGACUAG